UAUUGUUUGUCAAACGUUAAGAUUGUUUUUGUUUUUUUCUAGCGGCAUGUCAGUUGUAAACAAAAAAGUAUUUCAGUUUGUCAAUAAUAUCUAAUAUUUCACAAUAGUUGUGUCCGAAAUAGUUUAAAAAACAAUAAAAUUGUUUGUCACAAUGCCAAAACAGGACUGUAAGUAUUGGGAGAAAUGCUAUCAAAAAAAUUCAGCGCAUUUGGAAAAGUAUAAUCACCCGCCAAAAGACGGUAAUACAGUUUCAACAUUUGACUCUAGCCCGGUGAAAGAUAAAGAGGCACAGAAGCGCAAAACAACUUCCGAUGACCACAGGCGAGAAGCUAAAAGUGAAGAUUCUAUAAUUAAUCCUGAUAUUAAUAUGGAGGAUACUGUUAGCAAAACUAUUUCUACUGGUCAACGUAAAGAAAUAGAUACAGAUGAAUUACGUGCUGAAGCUCUUGGAAAUAUUGCCGGAAAAAACUACAUGGAAAUACUCGCUAAGCGUAUAAAGUUUUCUGUGCAAGCUGAAUACGAUGAAUUAUUACGAAGUAAUGAGUUCAUACGCCACAAGUUUCUUGUCGAGAUGCCUCCGGAUUUCUAUGCAUUCUGGAAAUUCGCCAACUAUUUGAAAAAAGAUAGCACAGGUGAAGAAGUUUUGCAGUAUAUCGAAAAACAAUUCCAGCUGCAAUUAGUGGGGCCGUUUGAAUUCCUAGCUGGCUGCUUUCAUAAAGCAAAGAUACGUGAACCAGGAGAUUACCUACGACACUGGCGUUUUUUCUACGAUCCACCUGAGUUUCAAACUAUUUUCGUACGUCGUGAUACUGGUGUCCAUUACGGUUAUUGGCGUGAUUUGCCGAAAGAUAAUGAAAACCUUUUAAUAGCACGCAACGAUUCUUUAAAGAAUUGUAAAUUCGAAUUUAUUGCAGGCAAUGUUUUCGAUGCCUUCUUAUAUUACCUUGACAAGGAUUUUACAAGUACACCAUUUACUGCAUCUUUGGUAUCAUCCACACGUAAAUCACUUCAAAUGUUUUUAAAUAUGAAUGAUUUAAAAUUAGAACAAUUGGAGACAUUGCGUAAACGACGAAGUGCCCAAGUUGUAGCUAAAACCUUCCACGGGGCUGGUAUUGUAGUACCGUACGAAGGAAAGACACAAGUUGGGUACAGGCCGCUCAUUGUUUCCGAUGGAGAAUUGAAAAAAAUACUGGAUCUUUUCGUGAAAGCUGGAGCAUCUGAGGGCGAUGGUGAUAAUGAGGAAAUUAAAGCAGCUGUUAUAGAAAAACUGCAACCGGUGGCCACGGCUGCUAAUAUCGCAAUGGAUGAAUGUGAUUUUGGUACGGCUCUAGAGUUGGGCAUCGACUUAUUUUGUAGUGGACGGAAAGAGUUACAUUCACUAGUACAAUCUUUAUUGGUGCCUGCGUAUUCGCUUUUAAGUCGACCACAAUUCAUUGCCAUUUCAAAAGCACACAUGGAACAGCGUAGCAAAUCGCUUAAACUUAGCAUUUUCGAAUUAGACGCCAAGUAAUAUAUUUUGAUAAUUUUUUGUGCAUUGGAUAAACAAAAAUAAAACAUUUAAAUGUAUUUUUCUUUUCAACAAUA